AUGGGCCCUGUGAGUCUUACGGAUCUUACGGGACUUGCAGGUUUUGUAGGUCUUAUGAGUCUUACGGGUCUUACUAGUCUUGUGGAUCUUGCAGGUCUUGUGGGUUUUGUGGGUCUUGUGGGUCUUGCAGCUCUUACGAGUCUUGUAGGUCUUACGGGACUUACAGGUUUUUCGGAUCUUGUAGAUCUUGUGAGUCUGUCGGGUCUUGUGGGUCUUCCGGGUCUUGCAUCUCUUGCGAGUCUUGCAGGUCUUACGAGACUUAGAGGUCUUGCGGAUCUUGUGGGUCUUACGGAUCUUGCAGGACUUAGAGGUCUUGCGAGUCUUGAAGAUCUUAGAGGUCUUAUGGGUCUUGCGGAUCUUGUUGGUAUUACGGACUUUGCGGGUCUUUAG